AUGAAGUCCUCUUUUUUCCUCGCUGCUCUUGGUGCUGCAGCUGUGUCUGCCACCUGGACCCCUGUUCACCACCACAAGCGCGCUGAGUCUUGCGGACAGUAUGAUAGCAUCGAACUGGGAUCUUUCAAGCUGUAUAACAAUAUGUGGGGUAAGGAUAGCGGUUCUGGUUCCCAGUGUAUUGGUGUGGACUCUGCACCCAAUACUAGCGACAUUGCCUGGCAUGCUACCUGGACCUGGUCCGGCGGCCAAGGCAAGGUGAAGAGCUACCCCAAUGUUGAGUCGCGGCCUACCAACAAGAAGGUCUCUGACUUAAAGACCAUCAACACGUCUUGGAAGUGGUCUUAUGAUGGACAGGGCAUCGUCGCCGACGUUGCUUACGACAUUUUCACUGCUCCCACCGCAGGUGGUGACGCCGCAUACGAAAUCAUGAUCUGGACCGCUGCUCUGGGCGGUGCUGGCCCCAUUUCUCAGACCGGCAAGGAGAUCGAUAAUCCUACUAUUGGCGGUACCCAGUGGAAGCUCUACAAGGGCACCAACGCCGCAACUACCGUCUUCAGCUUUGUCGCUCCCACUGAGCUCAAGGAUUACUCUGGCAAUUUGGCUGAGUUUUUCACCUACCUCGUCUCUAAGCAGAGCUUUCCUAAUGAUCAGUACUUCCUGAGCAUCGGUGCCGGCACUGAGCCUUUUGAUGGUCAGCAGGCGAAGUUUACUACCACCUCCUAUACCCUUUCCUACCAGUAG